UUUGAUAUUUAGGGUGGGAAGUUCAGUGUUCAAUGAACUAAAAGAAAGCAGACUCUAUCACUGUUAUUCCAUUUGCAGGUUUUUGUGAAAUAAAGAAAUACCAAUGGUACUUUGGAAGAAAUUAAGCAGCUAUUGUAAAGGAAAAGUCGUUCCACUGAGGUGGACACCCACAGUGAGACAACUACGUUAUCUGAAGGCCCCAAUCGUACCCUGCUGAUUCAUGGCCCUGUGGAAUUCAAAAGAGGCUGGAGAAGGCAGAAGCGACACCUCUUCCUCUUCAGUGAUUUGUUGCUUGUGUCUAAUUCCAAGUAUAGAAAGACCUUCAAAAUUAAAGACAAAAUACCACUGAACACCAUGUGGAUGACAGACUGUGAUGACACCAAUGCCAAGAGGUCCCUUGUUUUGGGCUGGCCCACCGUGAACUUCACAGCCACCUUUAGUUCUUCAGAACAAAAGGAACAAUGGCGCUCUUCCCUUCGAAGGUACAUCAAUCUAGCCAAAGAGAAAGACCACCCGAAGAGCAUUCCCCUGAAAAUCUUUACUGAGGACAUCGAGAACUGUGCCUGUCCUAUAAGUUUAACAGUAACAAAUUCAGAUACAACCAACGACAUUAUCGAGAAGUCACUACCAAUGCUCGGAAUAAAUGGCUCUAAGAGUGAUUACCAGUUGUGGGUCAGUUCUGGCAAGAAAGAGGCCCCAUUCCCACUCAUUGGACAUGAGCAUCCCUAUGGAAUAAAAAUGAGCCAUCUUCAAGCCACUGCACUCCUGCCACACCGCCCAAGGGGCUCCACAUCUCCAUCCACCCUCCAGGAGCCCUUCUUACUGGAGCAGCCAUUUCCAGAGAUGGAAGGUCAGUUCGUCCUACAGCCCAGGUGCUCACUGAAGGGCCAGGAACAGAAAGAUGCAGGCCAGAAGACAGGUGAAAAGAAAUGGCCUGUGGUGAAUUGGGCCUUUCGGCGGAACCCCAGCACUUGCCAGGACAACGUGUGCAGGGCUCUACCAUCCCCCGAGCCAGGGAAGCUCUUUGGGGUUUCACUCAAGGAUGUUUGUCCCAGUGAUGACCUGCCCUCUCCUCUCCGGGAAAUGCUUUUCUUUCUUAACCAAAAAGGGCCUCUGACAGAGGGCAUCUUCAGAAUAUCGGCCAGUAUCAGAGCAUGUGGAGCCCUCAAGCAGAAACUAAACUCAGGAGAGAAGGUGAAUUGGGACGAUGAGUCGGUUUUGGUAGUAGCGUCUGUCUUAAAGGAUUUUUUUAGGAACAUCCAGGAAAGUGUAUUUUCGUCUGGUCUGUAUUGUCAGUGGCUUGCUGUUAUUGAUGAAGGGAAUGAGGAGGAGAAAAUAACUGGAAUCCAGAGGCUUUUAGACCAACUUCCAAAAGCCAAUGUUGUUCUCCUGCGAUACCUUUUUGGGGCUUUACACAACAUUGAACAACAUUCUGCAUCGAAUCAGAUGACUGCAUAUAAUUUAUCAGUCUGCAUCGCCCCAAGCAUUCUUUGGUCUUCUACUUCCUGCAGCCCAGGACUGGAAAAUGAAUUGACAAAAAAGAUUUCUCUUGUACAAUUUGUUAUCAAAAAUUGCUUGAAAAUAUUUGGAAAAGACAUCACUUCCCUCUUGGAGGAAAGCUCAAUGAUCACAACAAUGAGUUGUGAUUGUUCAGAGAAGGCUUCAGAAGUAACACGGAGCAGCCUCUUGAAUCCAAGCCGAUAAGAGUUAUACUGAUUUACAGAAAGAGACAACUGCGGGAUUCUGCCCAGGCCCCUUCUGACGUGGACCAACUACCUGUCACCAUUUUCUGAGUCCCUGAAGAUUAGAACAUCCAUAAUCAUAUUGGACUCUUCCAUAUCACUCCUAUCUAUAAGACACCACUGAGAGCUGUUGUGUUUUCCAAAAUGUUUACAGGGCUUUGCUGAAUUUGGAUUAAAUCCUGAGAUGCUGUUCAGAAAUAAGCAAAUUUCUUGGCGCAAGAAUGAACCAGGAAUUCGAACUGAUUUGAAAUGCUUUGUCAGGGACACGGAAACAAAGACAGCCCUAUGUGUUGCACCGCAACCAAAUCUCUUGCCUGUGAGAUUUUGACCCUGGUAGGAAACCCUGCUCAAAAAUGUGGUGCUGCUUUGAAUGUGUGUCGCUCUCCACAGUCGUGCCAGGAAUCCAGUCUCCAGCAUCAGCCUCCUGGUUUCCUGAUGCUAGAGCUUCCUGAUGCGGGAGAUUGGAUUAUUGGCAGAACUGUGGAGAACAGCGCACAUUCAAAGCAGCGCCAUCAAGAGCCAUCUUUGAGGGGGGCACUGUCACCUGUUUCCUACUCAGGACAAAAUCCCACAACAAGAUCUGAUUGCUGUGCAACCAUAAGCUUUCCUUGUUUCCCUUGUCCAUGACUGAAGCCUAUCAACUCGGUUCAAAGCCCUGCCUUGCCUCCAUCACUCUAACGGAACUGUUUCAAACCAGUUUGAAGCCCUAGAUGAACAGAAGUCAUCUUAAACUCUGGUAUCUUUACAUCAUUUGUUUUUAUUUGGAACACUGAACAAAAAAUGAGCUCCAUAACUCUUCAUAGCUCUCUUUGAGCUUUCCUUUCCUUGAUCCCACAUACUCAUAUUUGAGAAAAUCUUUCCACAAAAUCUCUGUUCUAUCUUUCCAUUCCUACUAUAUUAUUUAUGUUACUUAGAUAUUAUUGUUAUUUAGAUAUUAUUAUAUAUUUAUCAUAAUUUAUGUAUUCUUGUAAUAAAAACAACUCCAAAAUCUAGUGGCUCAGACCACCAUUUUAUUUGCCUCA